GCAAGGGCGGGCGCCGGGAUAAGCCCGCAGAGCGCGAAUACUUAGUCAUAUUAGACUGCGGCUGCGCCAACAGCAGUACACCUAAGCCAGCUUUGCGGGGGAGAACCGUUCUUGCGGAACGUUUAGAAACGGGACCAACGACCCCGGUGCCGCUGCGAACCUGCCAGCUCUGCAGCCACAGAAACGGUGCUGUUCUUCCACGCCACGUGCUAGUACUGCGCAAAGAUCAAGAACCCGGAUCGAAGUUGUCGAAAUGAGCCGAGAUCGAGAACUCCGGCAAGGUCAGACUUUCGAUUUCCCUUGACCUGGCCGGCCAGAUGACCCUGUGAGGACCUGCAGCUUCGCUUCGUCUGAAGUUCAUAUUCUCAAAACCACGGGCUCUGCUUUGUCGCUUAGGUGACACAUACGACGGGCUUGUGCUCUUCAAUCAUUUGCGCAGUCGCUUCGAUUGCUUGAGGCAGGCAGCGUAGGAUCUUCAGCGGUCAUGAUGUUGGGCUCCUGCUUCGUUACUCAGACGCUUUGAUUUUGAACUCGAACAGCUUCGUGAAGGUUUCAACGACGGUUUUUCUCGUAUUGCUGUUUUUCGUAGUGUUUCCUAUACCUUCUGCCAGUGAUUCAACUCGGUGAACUUUAGGACCACGUGUGUGUGUGAUCGUAGUGCGUCCAGCGGCGGUCGUCUUUUGCCAGAACUGUCGCGGACCUUUGUUGUUCUUCUGAACACGAAAUGUGACGGUGCAGACACAAUGACAAAAUCACACGCGUAGUCAUCGAUUCGAGAAUAUAGUCUUUCCCUGAACGAACAUUGCAUAGACAACCAUACCGCGCUUAGCACCUCGCAGACAGCUGACGUAACCACCGUUUCGGACGUCUUCCAAGUUUAACUGCACGUCAGGACAAACCGCAAGCAACCAUGCUGCACGUGCUGGGCAACCUCAAGAAGCUUUUCAGCAUCCGUAGACUCAGCAUCGACUGCUUCGUCUUUCGGCUCCACCACCAAUUCACCGUGCUCGUGCUGGUAGCGUUCGCCGUCCUGGUCACCACCAAGCAGUACGUCGGCGAUCCGAUCGAGUGCGACAGGUCCUCGGGCGUCCCGGCAGGGGUCAUCAACGUCUACUGCUGGAUCCACGCGACGUACAGCGUCAAGAGUCUGUUCGCCAACGCCGACGGCAAGCGCAUAGUCUAUCCGGGCGUCGGCAACGGGGCCGACUUCACGGACCGCGACGACGUCAAGUACCACAAGUACUACCAGUGGGUGUGCCUCGUACUCUUCCUCCAGGCCCUGUUCUUCUACGUUCCCCGUUGGCUCUGGAAGGCCUGGGAAGGCGGCAGGCUCAAGACGCUCGUACAGAGUCUCGAAUACCACGUGGUACUCGAACCGGACGCCAAGCGGCAGAGGACGGACCUUCUGGUCCGGCACCUGCUGUCGAACCUCGGCUCCCAGGACCUGUACGCCUGGAAGUACUUCGCGUGCGAGGCCCUGGCGCUGUUCAACGUGGUGUGCCAGCUGUUCUUCAUCGACGUCUUCCUCGACGGCGAGUUCCUCACGUACGGCGUCGAGGUCCUGAGCUUCGUGUCCAGCGACGAAGACAGGGUGGACCCCAUGGUGCGGGUGUUUCCCCGGGUGGCCAAGUGCCACUUCCACAAGUUCGGCUCGUCGGGCAACGUGGAGACCCACGACGCCGUGUGCGUGCUGCCGCUCAACAUCGUCAACGAGAAGAUCUACGUGUUUCUCUGGUUCUGGUUCGUUCUACUGGCGGCGCUCACAGGGGCCCUGCUCGUGCAGCGGGUGUUGCUGGCCUCCAGUAGGGCCUUGAGGUCGCGGGCUCUUCACUACAGGUUCCACAUGGUCCCGGCGGAAGACCUUCGCCAAGUCCUGGACAGCGGCUCCCUGGGCGACUGGUUCCUCCUCUACUUGAUGGGUCAGAAUAUGGAGGCGCGCACCUUCGCGCAGAUCAUCGCGGAGCUGGCUGACCAUCUACGGGAAGAGCCCAACCAACGCACCUUGCCCGCCGGGGACACCGAGAAGAUGAAAUACGGCUUGGUGCCAGUGCAGGACGUUUGAGCGAGUCGGGGAGAGUGUUGCACACUUCCACACAAAAAAAAGAGUGUUCCACACUCGCCGUCAUGGCUGCGAGCGGCGCUGGCUAACACUCCCAGGAUUACACAAAUACCCAAAAAAGUGGAGCAAACCACGACUGCCACCGUAGCUCGAUCGGUAGAGCAUCGGACGCGCUAUCCGAAGGUUGCAGAUUCGGUCCCUACACCGAGGUCAAGUAGUCUUUUCGUCCACUUUAAUUCCUUUCCAUUUACGUCGUAAUUAUUACACCACAGUUAAAACUUAUGAAUGAUUCCCUAGCUUCAUUAUAGAGAGAGAGAGAAGGAAUAUAGGAAAUGUGGGGAGGUGGUCAUGACAGUUCAUGGCUGUUAGUACAAUUGUUUGUUUCAUUUUAGUGGAAAUUAUGCAAAUAGCCAAUUGGAAGGGCUUGCCGUGUUUCCAUGCUCUUGUUCUUUUUUCUGCAUUUUUGUGUUAAAUUAGUGGAAAUUAUGUCAUAUAAUAUCCAUGUAAGCUAAAAAAUUUUAAAAGUGAACAAUUAACUCUCGCAGUUUUCUGGUUUUUCUUUUGGGCCUUUGGAUCUUCCUUUACGUGAGAUGUCGUUCCGUCGCGCACUCGGGCACUGUGUUUCAAUGCAUGCGAAAUGCUGCGCACUCAACAUACCUUUGUCUUUCCACUAAAAGGUAUUGGCACUUCCCGCCUGAAUUAAUUAUUAGAGGCACCGUACCAUGCAACUCGUUGCUUCAAAAGCGACUUCGGUAGUUUUACGUCGUACGAUAUCAGUAACUGAGCGACCGUUUUGUUCCAUGAGCAGUUCUUUUUAUAAAUUUGUCAAAAAGUAGGCAAUGCAGUAUAUGCAAUGCAAGUAUACUGUAUCCGCGUACUUGAUCGGGCAGAGUACGUGUACUUUUGUCUGAAGUAUUUAAGUGAUUUGGGAACGUACGUAUGUUGACACACGUUUGCUCAUAUGUGUGAGGGAUUCUGAGGUAGGCACCAUUUGUGCUCGAAAAUACUAAAUCAAGCUAUUUCUUCAAACUGCGUGUUUUGAAGCAUAACCGUAUAUCUACACUCGCAUGCGGCGCUCGAGACCCGCCUCUCACCGUUCCCCCGUGUUUGCCCAUGUCUACUUAUCGCUUUGUUCUAUAAACUGCGAAAUACCUUGUAUCCAUUCGCAAAAGAAUUCAGGAACACAAUCGAUUACUCGACAACCGGUAACAAACUCUGAUUACACUGAACAGCAGGCACCUUGAAGCAGCGAAGAGCGAGGACUCGAACCGGAGGUACCGUAGCAGACGACGCGCCGCUUUUCUAUCCACCUACUGUCGGUCCGCCUUCUCCCCCUUUCUCUCGAUUUGGCUCCUUGGGACUCGAAUUCACUUCCAGCGCUUAUGCUAAUUUCUCCUCUUCUAUAGCUAGCUCUCUGCGUGUCAUAGAUCUUCCAGCUCAACAAACGUCCACUGUGCUAAUGCAGGCAAAAUCGAAAAAAGAGUUGAUGCUUUGCGCUAGAAAGCAAGUACUUCUGACUAAAGCUGAUGGCAUUGCUGCUCAGGCUUAGUGAUUGGCUCCCACGUAGUGCUUAUUGCUCUUUUGUGUAUGCAAAAACCUUGACUUUAUACGUAGAGGAUAUUUGCUAAGUUGCUUGCUCUACUGGCAUAAGUCCAAUUCGCAUUUGACUCAAUCCUUAUCAAAGCCCAAAACAGGAGAAGCAUGAUGAUUGCAUGCAUGCAGUCAAAAAUGUAUUCAACGAUCAAAUUGUAAAAAUUGGGGAUAAAAUUUUGAAGCGGUCAUUACCAUAUUGUUGUUUAGUAGAAAGUAGAAGCGUCGUACAUCACCUUCAUAAAGCUAAACAGUUUCCCAAUGACUGAAAAAGUGAGAUGGGGGAACUGAACAAGAUUACUUAUCUAAUAUAAAAGAUGUACCAGCAGCUGCAUUAAUGCUGUGAACUUUGUGCACAGUAGAGCUAAUGUGAUCAAGUAGAGUAUCGGACGCAUUAUCUCAAGGGUCCCUAUAAUCAGCAAGUUGAUUUUGCAUCCACUUUAAUUCCUUUCCAUUUAUGUCAUAUUACUACUUUGCAGUUAAAGCCCACAAAUUAUGUCCUUUAUACUUUCCUUGGCUUCAUUGUCUCUAGGUUCUCAUUUGGCAGAAUCCCCGUUUUUGUAUUUCAAAUGCAUAAAGCUGCCCGUAUUGUUUUGGAAACAUUGUUAGAGCAGAAAAUUGAUACUUGUGAUGCUGCUUUGCAUCCAUCCCAUUUUUGUAUUUCAAAUGCAUAAAGCUGCUCGUAUUGUUUUCGAAACAUUGUUAGAGCAGAAAAUUGAUACUUGUGAUGCUGCUUUGCAUCCUCCAAAAACCUUCUAUAGGAAUCAUUGAAAAUCCUUGAAUUUGGGCUUCGAAACCAGUAUGAGCCCUGUUCACUCCUCCUGUACAUUUUUUCAGCAGUGUUUAUGUGCUUUUAUUGCAAUAGCAAUUAUAUAUGGACAGUCUCGGCUGGUUUUUUCCGCCGCCGUCAUGCACCGUAUAUAUAUAUAUAUAUAUACACAAAAGUCCAAAGAAAAAUUCAGAAAAAUGCUUACGAAACGCGGAAUCGAACCAGCGACCUCUCUCCGCAGCGCGUGGCGCUAACCACUACGCCACAAAGCGCAGAUCCUUCAGGUAGCUAAUGGUACAGACCCUUUACCGCUGGCAGGACUCGGAGACGGCAGGCGCUUAUAAGCGUUUCUUUAUUACCAGCGAGUUGGCGCGAGGAGCGCAACGGGCACAUUUAAAAGUCGUCGGCCAGCUCGCUCGCUUCUUCUAGUAUUUGCGCAGGGAAAACAUUGCCCUUUCGCUGUCUGCUCGCGCGGUAUUGCUGCCGGGGGGCAGAUAUUUCUGCAGCAUAGCAGCGCGUCCAUCACGGGCCGCUUUUCUUGCUAUCGCAUUCAUUGCUUCGCCCUUGCGGCGAAACUGACUUUUUUUGUUACCUUCCGAUACGUCUAGUUCUAAAACUCAUUUAAUAAAAAGUGGUACUUUAGUGCAGUUUAUUUUGUCAACUUGGAUGCGGUUUGCACAUUACAGUGGGAAGUUCUCAAGUAUGUCAAACCACAAAUAUUUAGAAACUUGAAUAAAAGUUGUUGCUUCAAAAAUA